AUGGAGAGCCCGAGAGCGCACGGGAUAACGCGGCUCGAACCCAGGACCCGGAGCGGAGAGACCACCGAGAGGACGGACAUGAGGACUCACCGACACCGGGGACACCGGGGACACCUGCACCUGCAGCGGACUGUGAUUUUCCUCGUGGCGCUGACGAUACAACCGCAGGCUGUUUCGGCUGUGGGGAUGUUCGAACUUCAGAUCCGCCACUUCCAGAACCCACACGGUUUCCUGGAGACCGAAGACUGCUGUGACCUAGAGAGCAGCGGGGGACAGCACUGCUCUGCCAGGGACCAAUGUGACACUUUCUUUCUAGCCUGCCUCAAGGAGUACCAGGCCCGGGUCGCCUCGACCGGAACCUGCACCUUCGGGUCAGGUAGCACAGGGAUCCUGGGUGGAAACUCCCAGUCGCUCCGCCACAGAGGACACGACGGAGGAGGAGGAGGAAGAGGAGAAGAUGGGACUAAUGGACACAUUGUCAUUCCCUUCAAAUACGCUUGGCCGAAGUCCUUCUCUCUCGUGUUGGAGGCUCUGGACUACGAUAACGACACAGCAGACUCAGGCCAGCUAAUUGAGCGAGUCCUCCUCUCCUCCAUGUUGAACCCCGGUGAACAGUGGCAGACGCAUCGCCACCACGGACGGGUGCUCAGUCUAGAGUACCGCCUUCGCUUCCGCUGUGACUCCAACUACUACGGACCCUACUGCAACAAACUCUGCCGGGCCCGCGACGACUUCUUCGGUCACUUCAACUGCGACCCCAACGGCUCCAAGGUCUGCAUGGAGGGCUGGACGGGGCCCGAGUGCAAAGGAGCGGUGUGCAAGCAGGGCUGUCAUCAGGUCCACGGCUCCUGUAGUGCACCAGGAGAAUGCAAGUGUCAUUACGGCUGGAAAGGUCCUCUGUGUGACCAGUGUGUGACCUUCCCCGGCUGUGUGUACGGCAGCUGCACCGAGCCCUGGCAGUGUGUGUGUGACGUCAACUGGGGAGGACUGCUCUGUGACAAAGAUCUGAACUACUGUGGCACCCACCAGCCCUGUAAAAAUGCUGGGACCUGCACCAACACGGAGCCCAACGAGUACCAGUGUGAGUGCCAGGACGGUUUCAGAGGACGUAACUGUGACAUUGUGGAACAUGCGUGUUUGUCGUCCCCAUGUAUGAACGGAGCAACAUGUGUGGAGGAUCAAACCGGCUUCAGCUGCAUCUGCACCGACGUCUGGACCGGAAACACCUGCACUGAUGCGGUGAGGCAGUGUGAUCGGAGCCCUUGUGGACGAGGAGCGACGUGCGAGGAGACUCCUGGAGGUUACAGAUGUCUCUGCCCGCCUGGAUGGACUGGCAGGACGUGUCAGCUGGACACCAAUGAGUGUGAAAUUAAUAUCUGUGUUCACGCCCGCUCUUGUCGCAACCUGAUCGGCCGAUACCUGUGUGACUGCCUCCCUGGAUGGACGGGUCCUAACUGUGACAUCAGUGAGUAUAAAAGAGAACGACAGAAAUAA